AUGAGAUCAGGGAGAUUGGCUGACUUCGUAGCAACCGGCUUAUGCCGCACGUACGCGGUUCUGCGCGGCCUUCCACCGUCGUCCCAUCGCAUUUCGCAGCCAGCACAUGCUUACACGGCAACCCAUUGUAGCAGAAGAUUCAGCUCUGAUUCAUUCGUACAGUCGGUCAUAAAUCAGGUCAAGCGUGACCUGGAGAAAGACGAAAAACUACAGGAAGCCAUAAAGUCACUUGAAGAAGCCAAAAUCACGCAGAAAGUGAACCGUUUUGGAGAAAUGUUAAACAGAUCUAAAGAUAUAUGUGGUCAUUAUGUAAGUAGGGUUUCUGAAACGAGCAGCAAGUCGAGAGCAGUUCAGCUCGCCAUAACCUCAGAAAUGAUACACGAUGAACAAAGGGAAGCAAAGGAACUGCGAGCCAAGUGGAAACAAAGGGUUGUCAAACAGAGACAAAAUUCUGACUUAAACAACACUCAAGAAGCAACGCUAGGGUUGCACGGUGACCGGAAACUGGAUGGUGAAGAAAAUUGCGUAGAGGACGCACUUGUGUUGUCUAAGGAGUCUGCAUGGGAACGCUUUGGGAGCCGUCUACGCGAUAUGCCUUUCCUCACAAACUUCUUCGAAAAUCCUUUGUUUGAGCAGCUAUUCGGAAAGUCGACUUUAGCGACAGCCAUCAGAGAUAUGAAGCAGCUAGACCCAUACUUCAACAUUCCAGAACUCAUGGAACUUGUGGAGCACGUUGUUGCCCCGCAUAUAGUUCAAUGCUAUCUUACUGGUGAUGACGAGUCUCUGAAAAUGGUACGCCAUUAG